AUCCCAGUGAACGUCCGCCUGCAUUACGUCACCUCGCUCAGUUCCUUUGUAGAUGUUGUAAGAUGAAUCAGCGUCAUGAUGACUUCUACUCUUCAUCACCAUCGAUGGCCUUGACUGCAAAGGAUGAAUGUAACACGAGCUCAACUGUUACUGAUCUGACCAUCAGUGAUGAGACACUAGAAGGAUGGCAGGAUUGUGGAUCGAUGUUUGACAAUGUGAAGAGGAUCACCAUACAGGUAUGGGACACGAUCAGAUGUGACGUCAUCCAGAUGAUCCAUCUACCAGCAGCGACAGAACUAACCAUUCAAACGCAUAAUGAGUAUCGCCAGGUUUCUCUCCAUGAUGAUCACACCUCACUACCCAAUGCUCUCCACAAGGUCUCAUCUCAGCUUGUCAAGGUCACAUUCACAGAUUUCGACAUCGGUAACGAUCAGGCCGAACACAUCAUUCAAGCUUUCAGAUCAACACACGAUAUCAAACAUCUGAGGAUCCUGGGAUUCAUAAGAUGUGGGACUGAUGAGAGCUUCGAUUCUUCUUGUAUUGACUCCAAUGAUGAACAUAAGAUCACUGUGGAGAUAGUACAUGGCAAACCAGUGGGUAAGAACUUUCCAAGAUGAAGUUGCGGCAUCAAGAUCAUGAAGAAUCAGACGAUCCUAAUACCUUGGUCACAUUUGCUACGGCCGCCGUAGAUUCUAAAAUUUCUACGGCGAGUAGCAAUUCUACGGUCGCCUCAGAAUUUCCACGGCCAAUUACUCCAGCGGUCACAUAUGUUACGGUCGCCGCACGGCGUAUUGUUAAAUUUAUGGAAAAAAAAAUCUGCGGCUGACGUAUGUCCUUGAAAUCAUGACGUACGAUCGCCCUAGGGCGACCCUGCGCUGGCCGUAGGGUUUUGACAAAUACUACGGCAGACGCGAGGUGGCCGCAAGGCGCCCUUACGGCGGCCACAGGGGGACUAUACAGUGAGUAUACCAUGAAUUGCUCGUCAAACUCAUCAUGAUAUUUUACAUUAGACAUUUCAUUUCAGAAAGUUUUCAAAGUAUCGCACCU